UGAAAAUAGAGCCUUUACACACCAUCGCUGCCCAAAUUUAUCGGCGGUGCUUCUCUUCUCUGGAGCUUUGAUGCUCCCGGGUGUCCGCCGAGUCACGGCGCGGGCGCGCUGGGAUGGUUUGGGCUGCCUUCACUGGGAAGAACACUGAAACAGCAAGCUGAGCAAGAAGGAGCGUGUGCAUUGGCAGCGAUCCAGCAGGGACAAGCUGCCCGCACCCUUGGGAGCAGGAUCCCUGCGGGAGCUCGGUGCGCUGCUCGGGAGGAGGGAACAAAGCAGGGAGCAGCACCGAGCGAGUUCGUCUCGCCCUGCUGAGAUCAGCGCAGACAUCAAACAAAGGAUGGAGCAGCACAGAGGCGCUGUGGUCAUGCUCUGGCAGGAACAAUGCAGGAAAUUAUGUCAGCCAGAACUUUACCUGUCCCAUCACUCACUGAACACGAUAUAAAUACAGCUGCAGUGGUACGGGAGGUCAGAGGAGACUCCAUCUCUGUAUCCUGGCACUGUCAGAGGGCUCUACCUGUCUCCUCCCCACUGGGUCAGUUUCUGACUGAAGAACUGCAAGGCAGGAAAGAAGCGUGAGGAAGAACAGGCAACAAAAACGGGGACGGAGAAGAUUUAAGUUCUAGAAUGGGGAACAUCCAGACCACUUCUUCAGGAUUGUCUAAUGAUGCUGCUGCUGUGAAUCAAAUACAGGACAUUAUUUCACACAACCCUGUGGUGAUUUUCUCUAAAACAACAUGCCCUUACUGCAAAAUGGCAAAAAACCUGUUUGAGGGUUUGGAUGUGAAUUACACAGCUGUGGAACUGGACGUGAAGGCAAAUGGAAGGCAGUUCCAAGACAUUCUGGAACAGAUGACUGGUGGCAGAACAGUUCCAAGAGUGUUUAUCAAUGGGACUUGUGUUGGAGGUGCAACAGAUACUCAAAAACUUCAUGAGGAAGGCAAACUGCUUCCUUUAAUUCAUCAGUGUCAAAUGAAAGCAAAUUACUGAACAACCAUCUCUAGCUUAACUUCAUCUUCCUUUGUAUGAACAGAAUUUCAGAUGAAUUCAGAUCACAGACACACAGCACAAGCUGCACUCAACAACCUCAAACCAUGGCUUUCUGAAUUACAGAUCACUUAGACAGACUUUAUGGACUUGGUGAAUUACUUGGUGUCCUUGCCUCAGCUUUCCCACAGCCCAGCUGGUCAUUAGCAAACAUUAUGUAACUCCUGGCGUUCUUAGUGAGACAGUGAUGUCAUUCCAUGGUGAUUACAUCCUGCUCCAAGGAAGUCCAGGCUCUGCAAAAAGAAUCCUGUGGGUUUUACUGCACAUUAGUUUGCUUUCUAGCUUUGUCUCAAUAAAUUGUCAGUUUAAUUUAAUGGUUUCUUUAAAUACAAUUCUCUGUCAAACUGAAGUGUAAAGGAAUCCCAGUUUGUAGUGAUAUUGGUGUGUGCAUGCCUGCCUCUUGUAUUCCAGUGCCUGAUCACCCAGCUCCCAAACUGUGUGUCCAAUGGAACAGAAAAGGGAAUAAAGAUUCUGGCAGCUUUA